UACAACAGUAAUCCGUUACCAUCUAGACAAUCCUGGAGUAUGGUUAAUGCAUUGUCAUAUGCAUUGGCACUUAAUCAAAGGCAUGGCCUUACAAUUAAUUGAAUUACCAUCGAAAAUUAAGAAUAUGACAGUCCCAGAGGAUGACUUUGCAUUUUGCGCAAGUUAG